AUGCCACGCAAAGACUCAGAAACCCUCCCUGCCAUCUUCCUCCACCCUAAGUCCAAUGGCGACUCCGAGGAUUCUCCCCAAUUCACUGUCUCUACGACUCCCGCCGCGGCGUCGCAGAACAAGCCCAAAAUAGCACCCAUGCCACCCUCGUCAGAUUUGCUUUCCCGCCUCAAUGCGUUUCUGCCCGCCAUCUCUGCAGCGAACCGGGACCUGGAGGGCGAGAUCGCCGCGGGAACAAUCGCGCAGAGGAACAUCGAGAAUGUGAGCGAGAAGGAGGAGGCGUAUAUUGAGAUGAAUCUCGGCCUCGGCGUCCUCAAACAAUUAGAUCCAAACAACCCUGACGAGUCCGAGUCAGAGUCCGAGGAGGAGGAUGAGGAUAGCGACGCGGAGGCAAAGGCGGAAGAGAAGGAUAUCCUCGGGAAGCUGCUGCAGCGUCCCGCUCGCGGAAAGCCAGGGAUACAAGAGGUGGAGGAUCAGGCGCCUAGUGUCAAGAGGGAUGAUGAUGACAUGGACAUUGAUCCAUUGGAGAAAAGAUAG